AUGGGGGUUUGGCUGCGUUUGCUGGUGUCUGGUGGAGGGUCGCUUCGGGGCUGCGGCGGGGCCUGUGUCCCGCUUGGGGGAAGCCGACUACUGAUUUGUCGGCGCCAGUUCUCUGGCGCUGAGAGUGAGGCCCUAAAACAAAGAAGAUCACAAAUCAUGUCUCGAGGACUUCCAAAGCAGAAACCGAUAGAAGGUGUUAAACAAGUUAUAGUUGUGGCUUCUGGAAAGGGUGGAGUUGGAAAGUCUACUACAGCAGUGAACCUUGCACUUGCUCUAGCAGCGAAUGAUUCGUCAAAGGCUGUUGGUUUGCUAGAUGUGGAUGUGUAUGGCCCUUCAAUUCCAAAGAUGAUGAAUCUGAAAGGCAAUCCAGAAUUAUCACAGAGCAACUUCAUGCGGCCUCUUUUGAAUUAUGGUAUUGCUUGCAUGUCCAUGGGCUUCCUGGUUGAAGAGACUGCCCCCCUUGUUUGGAGAGGUCUUAUGGUAAUGUCAGCCAUUGAGAAACUAUUGAGGCAGGUAGAUUGGGGUCAACUGGACUAUCUGGUUGUUGACAUGCCACCAGGAACUGGAGACGUGCAGUUAUCAGUCUCACAGAAUAUUCCCAUUUCAGGUGCUGUCAUUGUCUCCACGCCUCAGGACAUUGCAUUGAUGGAUGCACACAAGGGGGCUGAGAUGUUUCGAAAAGUCCACGUGCCUGUUCUGGGCCUUGUCCAAAAUAUGAGUGUUUUCCAGUGUCCAAAAUGUAAACACAAAACUCAUAUUUUUGGUGCUGAUGGUGCAAGGAGACUAGCACGGACCCUUGAUCUUGAUAUUCUGGGAGACAUCCCCCUACAUCUUAACAUAAGGGAAGCCUCAGAUACAGGCCAGCCAAUUGUGUUUUCACAGCCUGAAAGUGAUGAGGCCAAAGCCUACCUAAGGAUUGCUACUGAAGUGGUAAGAAGAUUGCCACCACCUCCAGAGUCAUUCCCCACGUGUCUUGGAAAUUUGCCUGGUCGUUGA